AUAACUUUCUGAUGAAUAAUUCUAUCAGUUUUUCUGACAAAAUAAUGUUAAUGGAUGUUUUAAACCAUUUUCGACAUAAUUUUCUAUUGGAUUUGAGCUAAUUUCCCGCAAGAUCAGAUCAAUUAAUUUAAAAUUUUCUAAUAAAAUUGAUUUAAUUAUUCUUUCAUAUUCGAGAUGCUUCUCAUUAUAUAUCAAAUCACUAUACUUUUUUUUUUUUGCUGUUGUAACAUUUAUUUGAUAUUUUGAUUUCAAACUUAGCUAACAAAAAAAUCAGAGACAUCCAUUGAUAUACAAUUCAUUUAUAAAUAUGAAAUACCAUAAAUGACUUAACAAAAUAAUUGAAUUUUUAAAGAUUGUUCUUUUCUACAGAGAAUUUUACUCGGAUGUCAAAAAUAAAAAUAAAAACAGAGAAUUUUACUCGUUAAAAUAAAUUAUUGUGUUUAUCUAAUAACUCUCAAUGAAACUCCAAACAUCAUAACUUUUACCUGAAUGGUAACAUCUAACAAUGUAUAUAUAUACAUAUAUAUUUUGUUUGAAUCUUUAUAAUAGUGUGUCAUUUAUUUUAAUAGUCGCUACAUGAUGACUUUUUUUUUGGUGUAAGCUACAUGAUGACUCUGUUGCAUUUCUACCAGCAAAACGAAACUUAUCCCCUAUGUAAUUUUUGCAUGUCUCUUCUCUUCAUGUGAGUUUCGCCAUUGUUUACGGUCAUGCGAUGAGUGGUUACAAUCCACAUAAGGACGGUAACUAUAGCCAUCUCUUCAAGUGAGUUUCGCCUUUGAAUUCUGCAAUCUCGAUAAUGGUUUCCAUCUUUUGGUUGGUAUUUAAAAUGUUAUAAAGUUUGAAGUAGUAUAUGAUUUACAUGAUCUAGAAAUUGAUUCUGAAAACUUUUAUAUAGGAUAAGAAAGAGAGGGUGCUUAGUUUUCAAUUUUGGACAUGAAGUUAUAGUAUUUAGAAAAAUUACAGAAUAAAAUAUGGUUACCAAAAUCUCCCAUUAUGGUUUGUGACUAGGAUCUUCAAAAUAUAACAGUAGAGAAAAAUAUAAUGUAUAAUAUUUUUUUCUCUCGAGUGACCAGGAGGUUGUGAAUUCGUAGAUCUAAAGUAUGUAUCUCUAGGCCAACACACAAAUUACGUAAUUCUUUUGGAGUACAUUUAUUCCAACGCGACUUAACACAUGAUUUCCAAAACUGAUAAAUGUUAAUCCAAACAUUUAUUCAUUCCCAACGCCCAACUUGAACUCGUUGGUCAAUAUGUGGGAUCGGGUUUGGCGUUUCAAAAGCUGACAAAAAUAAAUACUUCAACUGCAUAUCCCCUGUGUAUUAAGCGAGAAUCACUUUUAAAAUUUACCUUAAAAAUUUAUUGGCAAAGAAUGUGACGUGGUGACAUGGCUUCACGAGAAGUUUUUAUUUAGUAAAACGCUUAGGUGUCACGCAGAGAACGUUUCUCACCAAAACUGUGAAUUUAAUGCGUUCACACUAACAUUCAUUUAAAAAAAACUUCAUACCAUCUAUAUUUUUCUCAACGAACACUUUUACGUGAUAAACCUUCAGCUUCCAGUUUGAUUAGUUCAUUUAUCAAUCCUCUCAAUAUUAUCAUAGCAUCAAUAAAUAUUUCUUAUUCUUCUAUACGUUUCUAUUAAAAACGGUAACUCAUCUGAUCUAUCGACAUUAAGUCGACAGAUCCGUAGAGACGACAAAGCAAUGAAAUUUUAUUACGAUGCCAAGUGUUAAUGAAAGAACCCUUUUCUCCAUACUUGCUUUCAUGCAUUUAGCAGCACUCACGGUUUUGAGAACCGCCUCUCAUUGCUGAAAGAAGACCUUGAAAAUCUAUUUCUAGAUAAAUGUGUCGUACUCGGUUUUGUUACUGUUCGAUGAAGUGAUCUCUGUUUCAAAGAGACUGAAUCACUGUAAAUCGUCUUUGCUUAGUGUAUUAGUGUUCUCCGAGCAAGCAAUAUAAGCAUGCGAGUGUCACCACCUUCGCUGCGCAUGAGAAUUCUGCAUUAGACGACUUUGAAGAUGAGAAGAAACUUCCAGGAACGAACCACCAGAGUCUCACGUGCUGGUUGCAUCUGAAACAACCUUUACAAUCUAGAGGGUUAAAUAACCUUCAAUUUCUUUUAUUAUGCAACUAUGUUUUCUGAAUUUAAAGGAGCUAUACUUUUUUUUUAUUUCACACAGUUAUUGUUUUGUUUAUAAUAUGUUAUUGAUCCACUUUUUUCGAUUUUAUUUGUUAAACCCCUAAGUCCAUAACUACUACAAAGUGAUAGGCAAAAUAUAAAAAAAAUUCCAAAGCUUCUUCUCAAAAUUGCAAACACCAUAUAUUAAAUUUUAAUAUUAGUGAACCCAUUAUAAAAAUUCUCUGGUUUCGCCCAUGAUAAUUAUCAUACCUUUAAUUCUAUCUAACUAUCGCUUUAAAUAUACAUUAUGUUAUACAUAAUUAUAAUAUAUAAUUUCAAUAUUGAUAUAGACACAUCUUAUGCCGCGCAAAGGGCGGAUUAGUAAUAUAUUCUUAUAUAGUUAAAGCUUCAUGUGCGUUUUGCCUUUGUUGACAAUCAUACGAUUUAUAUAACUUUUUCCUCGUACAACAAUAAACAAAAAUAACAAUAUUCUUAUUAAUGUUGCCUACUACUUAUGUGGACGCUUUCUGAAGCAUCUCACUCACAAUAACAAUUUCCUUUUUUUUUGUUGUUUUAAGGUGACAAUCAACGAAUCAAAGAUAGUGCACACUUUGACAUCACAAUGAGAAUCACGAAGAGCCGAGCACACUUUGUUACAAAUUACGUCGUCAUGCUUAUGAUUAUUCUGCUUCUCUUCGAGUUCAACACGGUGGUUGCCAGGGGUGGUGGUGGUGGUCACGGUGGCGGUGGUGGUGCUCACGGCGGAGGAAGGGGUCACGGCGGAGGAAGGGGUCACGGCGGAGGAGGUGAAGGUCGUGGUGGGCAUGGAGAAGGCGGGCGAGGGAUCGGAGGGGCAGGCGGUAUGGUUCAUCGACCACGACCAUUGACAAGGAGUGGAGAUUCUGCACUAAACCCUUUUGCGGGUGUAUCUUUGACUAUUCUACUGAUCAUCGUUUUUCUAUUUAACCAGAGCUUAACAUGUGUCUUCGCCAUCAAGGAAUUUUUAGGAAUUGAUUUUGUUAGGUAAGCUGUGUGAUCGUUAGUUUUAAGAAGAUUUGUCUUUUGACUCUUUGUGUUUGUUUAGACACGUGAAGAACAAUUAGUAAGAAAAAGAUGUUUCCUU